AGAAACACUGACAAAAAUUACGGGGAAUCUCUCGUAGCUCAGUUAUUAAAGGAAAGAUUUCAAUUAUGAAAACACCACUCGUUAGCUUAUCUUUCCGUUAACGUAACUGUAUAGACACCACCAAUGUGAUUCAAAUACAAAGCAUUAAAAUUUACAUUUAUUCACACGAAGGAAACACAGAUUUCAUUUUACCACUCACGACGGCGCCACACAGCGCUAGGUGUCCUCCACGAGGUGCAGUAAAAUUUAGUAUAAUGCCGGCUGACGGGCCGGCAGGGCACAACUCACCUAGCACUGACUAGUACAGCACGCAACGCAGCACAUCCAUCCAGACGAUUUAAGAAGAAAUAUGGCCGAGAAGAAAACUACCAAGCCGAAGACCCCACCAGCUCACCCGAAGUACAGCGACAUGGUGGCAUCUGCUGUGGGAAGUCUGAAGGAACGUGGAGGCUCGUCCCGCCAGGCGAUAUUGAAGUACAUCAUGGCUAACUUCAAAGUCGGUACUGACGCCAAGGCAAUCAAUGCACAUUUGAAGAUCGCCCUCCGCAACGGAGUGAAGAAGGGGGCCCUAAAACAGUCCAAGGGUACCGGAGCUGCCGGAUCAUUCAAACUCGGAGAGAAGCCUAAACCAGCUAAGAAACCAGCAGCGAAGAAGGUGACUAAGCCGAAAGCAGCAAAGCCUAAGAAACCAGUAGCGAAGAAGGCGACCACAUCGGCGACGGCUAAGAAACCAAAGGCAAAGACACCCAAGAAAACAGCAGCUAAGAAAACUGUAGAGAAGAAGAAACCGGCAGCAAAGAAAGCCACCAAGCCUAAGACUCCGAAGAAAAAGGUCACUAAGUCUCCAAAGAAAGCCAAGACCACUAAGCCUAAGGCAGCCAAGAAGUGAAGAAGUAGAUCGUCUACUACCCGAAGAAAACAUAAACAGUCCUUUUCAGGACUACCCAACUUUCUCA